UGUACCAGGAGAAGGUGUUCAGCUUCGUCCAUCUGAGUGUUCAGGAGUUUAUGGCUGCUCUUCAUGUCCGUCUGACCUUCAUCAAGUCUGGAAUCAACCUGCUAAAAGAACACAAAAAAUGUCCUAAGAUGUCCACAAACUUAAAGAAACCAGGUCUAAAGCAUCUCCAUAAGAGAGCUGUGGACGAGGCCUUACAGAGUCCAAAUGGACACCUGGACUUGUUCCUUCGCUUCUUCCUGGGUCUUUCACUGCAGACCAAUCAGAGUCUCCUACGAGGCCUGAUGACACCGACAGGAAGUGGCUCACAGACCAAUCAGGAAACAGUUCAGUACAUCAAGAAGAAGAUCAGUGAGAAUGUGUCUGCAGAGAGAAGCAUCAAUCUGUUCCACUGUCUGAAUGAACUGAAUGAUCAUUCUCUAGAGGAGGAGAUCCAACAGUUCCUGAAAUCAGGACGUCUUUCCACAGAUAAACUGUCUCCUGCUCAGUGGUCAGCUCUGGCGUUCAUCUUACUGUCAUCAGAAGAAGAUUUGAAAGUGUUUGACCUGCAGAAAUACUCUCCUUCAGAGGAGGUUCUUCUGAGGCUGCUGCCAGUGGUCAAAGCCUCCAACAAAGCUCUCAUUUCAGUGGACAAGAACAGCUUCAAGAUGCAUGACCAUCAACAUUCAGUAACUGGGAGAAAUCAGACUAUUGUAAUUAUCAGAUCUGACACAUCUAUAUGCACUUCUGAUAUGUGAUAUUAUGAAAAACCCUUGACUACAUUUUCUCGUCCAUUAUUGGAUUUAACAGAUGAUGUAUGUACAUGGUGAUGUAAUACUCAAAACUUUCAGACAAAUUUAGAACAUCUGGUCUUUGUUGAACAUGGCAGGGCCUACAGUUUUAGCAUUAGCUGUGCUAAUGUGAAAGCUAAUAAUCCUGCAAAACAAACUACCUGUGAAUGUUUUACUUUGUUUAUACUCUGGCUUUACACUGCUGCAUGUCAUCGCAUUUUUCUUUUGUGUUCCUCUCAUGUUGUUACUGCAUCGCUUCCGUCUUGUAACAGAACACAGUUUGUUGCACAUGCAAAGACAUUAAAACCAAAGAAAUCAGAUUUGUUCCAGAUUUAGGAACAAAUGGAGGUGUGUUAACGUGAUUUCUUAUAACCAGAUUACCUGAAAAAGGAUAUCAGAUUAUGCACUCUACAUGAUGACUUGACUAAUCUUGUUAACUCCAGGAAUCAGAUCAUGAUCAGAUUGAUAGUGUGCUUGUAAACAGGCUCAUUGAUGGUGUGACACAGCUCCACCAUCACAAAGCUCAUGAUGUGCUGAUAAAUGCUAAACUCUGUUCCUCACUGAUCUGUUCUGUAAUCAGCCCCACCCAUCAACCUGAUUAAUUCUUGAGGUACAUGCAUGAAUCUAAUGUUCAGACUGUCACUGAUUCUUGGGAAAUUCUCAGCCACCAUGCUGAAUCCUUGUUUAUUCAUGAUGUCUUUGAGCAUUAAAAUCCACCACAUGGACACGAUAACAAGGUUAGAGACCUGAUUUUCUCUACAGGUGGUCCUUCAGUCUGUAUCCACCACGAGGGCUGAUUAUUUUGUCACAUAUAUUAUUUGUGUUUUUCUCUGUAACUUUCUCUCCAGGCUGAGUGUGUGUGGUCUCUCAGA